AGACCCGAGUCACCGCGCAGGAGUUUGUUGUCCCCUGGCCGUCGCGAGUCCUGUCAGCCGCCACUGCCAUGGGCCUCGAGCUCUACCUGGACCUGCUGUCGCAGCCCUGCCGCGCCGUCUACAUCUUCGCCAAGAAGAGCGGCAUCCCCUUCGAGCUGCGCGCCGUGGAGCUGCUCAAAGGCCAGCACCUCAGCGAUGCCUUUGCCCAGGUAAAUCCCCUGAAGAAAGUGCCGGCCUUGAAGGAUGGGGACUUCACCUUGUCUGAGAGCGUGGCCAUCCUCCUCUACCUGACUCGAAAGUACGAGGUCCCUGACCACUGGUACCCUCAGGACCUGCAGGCCCGAGCCCGUGUGGAUGAGUACCUGGCAUGGCAGCACACGACCCUGCGGAGGAACUGCCUCCGGGCCCUGUGGCAUAAGGUGAUGCUCCCUGUUUUCCUGGGUGAGCCGGUAUCUCCCCAGAUGCUGGCAGCCACUCUGGCAGAGUUGGAUGAGACCCUGCAGUUGCUCGAGGACAAGUUCCUCCAGAACAAGGCCUUCCUCGCCGGGCCCGGCAUCUCCCUGGCAGACCUGGUAGCCAUCACGGAGCUGAUGCAUCCCAUGGGCGCUGGCUGCCAAGUCUUCAAAGGCCGACCCAAGCUGGCUGCAUGGCGGCAGCACGUGGAGGCAGCGGUGGGGGAGGAACUCUUCCAGGAGGCCCAUGAGGUCAUUCUGAAGGCCAAAGACUCUCCCCCUACAAACCCCACUAUCAAGCAGAAGCUAAUGCCUGGGGUGCUGGCCAUGAUCCAGUGAGCUCGAAAGCCUCACCUGGCACUGCCCACAGCAGUUCACAAAGCACCUUCAUUUCCGAUGCCCCAUGGGAGGCAGGCUCAGCAAGCAGGAGUGGCUUGUCUGAGACUUGCCUGAGUCCCACAGGGCUCCCCAGGCCAGGGGUCCACCCCCACCCUCUUCCACAGCUGCCUGACAGCCACGAUAACGACACACACCCAGACCUUAUCUCCUUUAAUUGCUGAAUUUCAUUUUAAGUUUGGAUAAUAAACCUGCGCUCAGCCUGA